AUGUCUAUUAUCCUGGCCGAGCGGCUGAAGAGUCUGCAGCUCGAUGGCCAGCCGGGGAUCGCUCCCAAGGCCCUCCAGUUCUACGACAUGAUCACUCAGCGCGUGCGCACCUCCCGUAACAGCUCCUUCACGCUAUGCCGCGAAACCAUUGCCAUCCAGCUGGCCUGCGAAAAGCUCUCAAUCGAGUUCAACCAGGUUGCUGCCAGCACCAUAUCAUCUGUAAGCCUGCCCAUAUACCAGGCAUCAGUGCAGGAGGCGCGCGCUGCCCUAGGCCUGAUCAAAAACAUCACAUUGGAGGAGCUCGACGUGCAGUUUGGCCCGCCCGAGGGCGUCAUCCCGUAUGCGCGCCAGCUGCUCGACGAAUUCAAAGAAACACUAGGUGCGACUAUGCCGGCGGCUGCCAGACGCAGCAUGGACUGGUCCGGGUCUGUGUAUGUUGCUGCGGCUUUCGCGCUAGCGUGCAAACAUAUGAAAAAGCGGGUGGUGGCCAAGACGAAAUUGUUGAGCUUGGCAGGGAUUAAGCCGACGGUGUUUGCGGGCGUGCAGAAAAAGAUGGAGGACUACGGGAAAAAGACGCUGCAGGAGAUUGCGGCGGGCGGGGGAGCUAUGGCUAAGGCACAGCUGUGGAACCACCGGCUGAUUCGGCAGUAUUGA